ACCAAGAAAAAAACUUUUCAGACACGAUGGCAGCUUCUCUGAAAGGGAGCGAGAUCUUCAUAUUGAAAUAUACUUCGAACAUGAAAGGAUUCUAGAUGAGCUUCAAGUCUUCUAUAAAAAGUGCAAGGUUCAAAGUAAGGACAGAUCUUUCCGACUGAUUUGGGAUACUUCAGGUGAUUUCUCCCGGGAGGCUGAGGAGAUUGGUAAAAGGCUCAAAGCCAAUGAGCUUAGAAUGCAGCAAGUGCAAGACCACUCGCACCCAGUGUUUGAGAACGACGAAGCGUCUUCAGUAUUCGAGGACCAUGAAAUAUCUCCAGCGGGAUCCAUUUUUGACGAAAAUGAACUGGAGAGCCCUUCAAGGGAGCCACCUCCAACACCGCCUAACCGUUUCCAUUCUGGUAACGAGGAAGUUCGCGAUAGCAAUGCCAUCGGAGACAGCUUCCAGGAAAUCGAGGACAUGUCGGACAAAAGAAACGACCCUUGGGUGCCCUUGACCCCAUAUAGGGCUCCACCUGCGGAAGUUAGAGAAGCACCAUGCGGAGAGGAACUGGAAGAAACGAUAGAGGUGCUGUACGAUGGCGAGCCAGAAAAAAUAAUAGAGGUCCCUCACAAAGAGGAAUCUAGAGAGACGUCAGACGUCAAUGAAAAAGACAAAAUUGUCUCGCCGUCUUGUACUCCGCCCCCGCCAAGGUCCGCCAAUGCUGGGUUAUCCAGACUACCUCUGCCUCUGAGGCUUUUCGCUCGCCUUAUUGCUGGACUCAAAGUAAUUUUACGUCCGCGGGUAAAGUUGGGUUAUGAGCGGCUUGAGUGGACAUGUAGCUGUGGCGAGGCAAUGUACGGCGACUACAAGUGUGAUGAUAUCCAUGCGCUAGAGUUCUUCAGACGGCAGCUCCGCAUAGAGCACUUGAGCCAGGUCUCGGUAAAAGAAUACCACAUGAGUUUGCAGACGGUAAAAAGGGGCCUUUGGCAAUAUACCGGGAGUCUAGAAACAGGUACCGUGGUGGCAACAGUUCCCGCGACGAAGCUUGAGAAAGCCAAAACAUCCGCGUACGAGGAACUAACGGAAAAUACUUGGCCGCGUCUCGAAGAAAGCACGGCUACGCGCGGCAGUUAUGCGCCGCCUGAUUUAGACGCAGGACAGAAGCUAGAUGUUGGAUGGAUUAACGAGACAUUACACCAUUGGUUCAAAGCACUGGAAAAACACAAGCCGGAUGGAUCUGAGCUAGAUAGGGAGAGAAAGGAAAGAGAUCACGACCGGACUAUGCCGUCCCUGGUGGGCGUAACGCUUCAAGAUGGGCCCAGUGCAAUCAACAAUACCGUAUCAUUGCCUGCGAGUUCCGGAUCCACGGGCGUUAGUUCCCAACAGCAAAACCCCGGCCAGACGUUAGGGGGCCCUGGAUAUUCCAAUUCGAGCACCCAGAACGUCUAUCCACUACCCCAAGACAUCAACUUCAACGACCCCGGCAACACCCAAACCACAUACCGCUUUUUUGAAUUAUGCGUCAACACCGGCACCCUCCGCAUCACCCUUGGCGAGAUCCCCUUAACCUCCAGAACAACCAACGGCAUCACCGAAGUCCAGACUGACAGUGCCUUCUUCGCCUUAGUCCACGCUCGCUACCACUCCCUCCGCCGCAGCCGCCGAUUUGGCUUCCUCUUCAAACCAGUUGACAUCCAAUUCGUGCGCUUCGGCGUCGUUGACAGCCACCGCGUAGGUGUGUAUGAUAAGCCGAUGGCUAUCCCGCCUCACCAAAAGGUUAAGGAGCAACAUUACCACUACCGUGAAUGCCCGCUAGACCCGCUACCACCGAUUGACUAUAGAACAUUCUUCCACUAUUUCUGGAACCACGAGCAGCACGCUGGAAGCCAGAGUCGGUUGUUCUUCGACCGCAUGCCGAAGAAGUUGCAUUCGAGCAUUCUGAAACAGAGCGUACCGAACGAGCUGACACUAGGCUGGGGCGUUCAUAUCAUCGAAGGACCGAACAAGCCGCUACUAAGUCUAUGUCUCUGCGUCAUCCUGGUCCUUAGUUUCGUUGUAUCGGUCGUCGUGGCGUUGGCGAUGAAGACACAAGAGUCUGGAUUUGGCAUCGGGCAGUGGAUGGUUGCCACGCUAUCGGCCGCAUUGGCGGCUGUGUAUUACCAUCUUGCGGAGUCUUGAGGAGAGAAUUUGAAUGGCCCACCUCAGGCUCGUUAGCAGGAGCUCAAAGUGGUGAAUGGGCAUGAGACGCAGCAUGCAGGAGUGAAAUGUUCACAAGAAACUACUAAUUUCCGCUCUUUUCUACGAGUGCGACAGGGCUCAAUGUUUCAC